GUUCGAAUAACAAUAACAUUAGUCAGUUACGCAAACUACGAAGCUGACUUUGUAGCCCUUCAUUUGCGACGGUCGCCGGCGCCCAUGCAGCGCUUGCCGAGCGCUUGCAUGUUGUCGCUAGCACUGACGCGGAUUCGAAAACUUGGCCUAUGUGAUACGGUCUAUCCGAUGCAGUGCUGCCCACGCCGCGAGAUGCAGCCAGUUAUUUGCGGAGGUCGACGGCGCCCAUGCAUCGCUUGCCGAGCGCUUGCAGUUCGUCGCUAGCGGUGUCGCAUGGCGGCCAACGUGGCCUAAGUGACACGGUGUAUCCCAUGAAGUUCUGCCCGCGCCACAAGACGCGCUGUGCAAAAAACUACCGACGCACGACCCAGGGUCGUUUUCCAUGUCGAAAUCGUCCAUAAACCUUUGGCAGCAUAAUAACCAGGGUUCGUGCCAGCCCAUGCGACCAGCUCACCAGCCCUAGCCCCACUCGCCCAUCUAACCGGAUAAGUCAUGUGAAGGGCUAUGUAGCGUGCUAUCUAAUCUGGGGCCAAGAUUGCAUAUUUGAAGCCUGACUGGCCCCGCCAACAAUCGCCGCUGAAGCGUACUUUCACAGCACGCUGUCUGACCUCAGCCGUCACGGCUUGUUGAUUAUCCUAAUAUGGCGCAAUUAGCUCGUGAAGUCAUUUUAGGGUCCACCUCGGAGCUCACCGACAAUCAAGCAUUCACAGCGCAGGGAGCGAGCGGCUUUGCCGCAAACCGCAAUUCCUUCAGGCGUGCAAGCCGCGCGUCUCUGACGGAUGCCGAGGCAUGGGGCUCCGCUUCGCGCGCACACACGACUGAGUCGCUCGUCGAUGUCGAGGCGCCCCUAUUACCACCUGCGCCGCCUGAGGGCGUGACCAUCACCCCGGGUGCCCCAGCGGAGACACCCCUGCAGACCACAGCUCAGCGCGAAGCCACAGCCGCUUUUGCGCGCAAGGUCCGCAUCGGUAUCAACGCGUCCUGGGUGGUCAACAUCUUGCUGCUCAUCGCCAAAACCGUUGUGUUCGUGAUGUCGGGCUCUUAUGCUGUCCUGGCAUCGGCGGUGGACUCUCUGGUGGACCUGCUAAGUCAGGUGGUGCUGGCGGUGGCAGAGUACCAGGCGGCAACCUAUGACCGGCGCUUCCCCAUCGGCCGCACCCGCAUGGCUGAGCUGUCGGUGCUGGCGUGUGCCGCCAUCAUGUUCGUGUCCACGUCACUGGUCAUUCGGGAGUCCAUUGGCGCACUGUGGGACGGCUUCCACGGCGAGAUCCCGCCGCUUGACGUUGGCAUGACGCUCUUUGCGGUGCUGGGCAGUGCCACAGCGGGCAAGAUGGCGCUGUACAUAUACUGCGUGGCGCUGAGGAAGAACCCCAUCAUGGUGGCUCUGUCAGAGGAUCACCUCAACGACGUGCAAUCCAACCUGGCCGCCAUCUUGGGCGCAGCCGUGGCGUCCAACCUGCCCAAGUACUGGUAUGUGGACCCCAUUGUAGCGCUCAUCUUUUCGGUAAUCAUCAUCAAAAGCUGGAUGGGCAUUUGCUGGGAGCAGGGCCAGAAGAUGGUGGGGCUAGGCGCCCCUGAUGAGCUGAUCGAGGAAGUAAACACCGUGACCCAAGAGCAUCAUGUGGCCAUGCAGCUGGACCGCGUGACUGCCUACCACCACGGCUCCAACAUGGUCGUGGAGGUGGAGGUGCUGCUGCCGGCCGACAUGAGUGUGCGGGAGUCGCACGACAUCGCUCUGGCCCUACAACACAAGAUUGAGGCUCUUGACACUGUGGAGCGGGCGUACGUGCACGUGGACUAUGAGCGCCGCAGCCUGGAGGAACACAAGGUGGAGCGCAACCUCAAGCUGGGUGUGCGCGACGUGAUGAAGCCACUGCCGGAGGCCCUGGAGCGACUGGGCAGCGCGGGAGGCAGCGGGCUCGUCUCCCCUUUGCCCAGCAGCAGCGCAGCCGUGGCAGGCGGCAACGGCGGUCCGCGGGGCAGCAACGGCGGCUCCUCCGCCGCCCUGCAUCCCACCCGCAGCGGCAACGCCGACGCCUUAGGGCCACCGUGGACAACGUCUGCAGGCCAGUCGGGCGGGAUAUUAACCGCCACCUCAUCUGGGUCUUUCAGCGGCAAGGCGGCGGCGGACGCUGCGGCGGCGGCAGUGUCUGACGGGCUCGGCGGCGGCGUGACGGCAGCGGUUCCGGCAGCAUCAGCGCCGACGCCUGAGGCAGGCACGACAGCAGGAGCCGGCGCGGCGCAAGCAGACGCCGCUGACAGCGGGCGCGACACGGCGCCGCAGGUGGCACCUGCGUCAACUGGCGCAGCGCAUGGCGGUGGCGGUGGAAGGAAGAAGAAGAAGUAGCCCGUUUGCAGCCCAGUUGUUAGCUCUGUCACGCAUGGACAGUCGUGAAGGGCACCGCGCGAUAGGGGCUGCCUUCAAUUCGCGCGCAGUGCCCCUUCGGGAACAAGGUGCUGGGACCCGAGAAAGUGGCAGAGCUCCGUGUUGCAAGAGCUGCGAAAAGUUGGGAGGGGUGCGCGCGCGUUAAUGCGAGUUCGUAUACCGUAUAUAUACAAGCAGCAAGGCAUGAAGGUUGCGCCGAGGACAAGAGGGUGCUGACGUAUGCUGUGAUGUGCCGACUACCGUGUCCGCCGUCGGGUUCCCCCCUGCCAGUCAUACGCCAGGUGAAUCAGGUUAUGCUAGUAGCACGAGGCAAUAGCAGCUUUCCGGGCAUCGAUGUAUUCGAAGAUGGGCGACCGGCUUGGCAAUUGAUGCCCGCACUGUUGAGCGCGCUUUGAAGGAACCCGAUGGUGAACUGACUGGUCAACUUGCUGUCCGCUCCGUGUUUUGUGAAGGUGGGCGCCAGCUGAGAAAGCAUCAACCCCAGAAACUGCACGUUCCUAGUCGGACUGUGUUGUGCUUGAUGGCAAGAAGGGGUGAGCGAGUCAGCGAGAAGUUUGCUGGGUUGCUGGCCCUGCGCGCUUGCAGCUUCGUGCUGGUGCCUCGGUGAGGUUGGCUAGGCUGACAUCCCCUGUGACACACCCUUGUGGUGUGUGGCCCUGCCGUCCAUCCUGUCUCAGUGCAUCGAGAAGUUUCGUGCCCCCAGGCAGCCGCCGAGGAGGGACAGCAUGCGGAAUCGCUGCGGCGCUGCCCCCCUCCCGCAGCUCGCUUCCGGCAAGCGCCUUGCGCUGACUCUC